AUGCCUUCGCAGCAAGACGCGCAAGGUCCUCCGUCUGGACAAUCCGGGCAAGUAGGUCCUCCAUUUGCCCCACGCAAUGCGGGCUUGGGAGGCACGCCGACUAUCGUUCCUGAUGUGCCUGUCGCCAUUGUCUUUCUUUUGCUCUAUCUGCUGUUUGGUGUCAUUCACAUCAAGAUCUUCAAGAGUAACAAGCAUCGUGGCCACAAGUUCAUCUUCAAUGGCGCCAUACUUGGUCUAUGCAAGAUUCGCAUCAUUACCAUGUCACUGAGGAUAGCAUGGGCAAACUAUCCAAGGAACGUCAGCCUUGCCAUCACGGCAAACGUCUUUGUCUAUGUCGGCACCAUCAUCCUGUACAUGCUCAACUGGUUCUUUGUUCAACGUGUAGUCCGCUCUCUACAUCCUCACCUGGGAUGGUCGACUGCGUACCGCGUCGUCCACAGAGCCGGUCUUGGCGUGUUGGUCGUCAGUCUACUCAUGCUCGUCAUCAGUCAGAUCUGGCAGUUCUACACCACUGACCAGGGAAAACUCGAAGCUUUCCACGACAUGUUUGUGAUUGCUCAGACAUACUUUACUAUUCUCUGUGCUGCCCCGGCCAUUUUCGUGGCCAUUGCACUCAUUAUCCCGCGCAAAGAAAUCGACCCCUUUGGCGCUGGGCGACUGAGGAACAACAUUACGAUCCUCCUAAUCUCAGUAUCUAUUCUUCUAAUCGGACAGGUCUUCCGCUGCGUCUUGGCUUGGAUCCCGGCAAUUCCGUUGAUGGACAUCCAGCGCGGCACUGUCAUCAUGCCUUGGUACCUCUCCAAGGCGGCCUUUUAUUGCUUUAAUUUUCUCACCGAAAUCUUUGUCAUCAUCAUGUUUGCCAUUGUACGCGUCGAUUUACGUUUCUACGUACCCAACGGAGCUCGUAGGUCAGGCGACUACUCCAGGAGUCGCGUCAACCUACAUGGAAGCGAGAAGAACGUAUCAGCUCCUGGCCCGAUGGUCCACCCGCAUAACGGAUCUACCGAGACCCUACAUAACUACCCAUCUUCAGUAUUCGAAGACACCCAGACGUUGGCCGAUUCGCUGCGAUAUCCCCAGUCAACUCUAGCAGUAGACGAGCGGACGGGCAACUGGAAGGUCAAACGCAUAUCAGGUGAUUCCUCACGAAGCCGCCACACGACCAUAUCGUUUGAGGGCUCAUCCUCGCGGACCACGCUUGCGGAACGGAGCUCACGAAACGUCAGAAACGCCCCUCCAGUGCCAGAUAUCCCCGCCGAAUGGCCGCUGCCCGACGAUUCGCCACCGCGAGGCACAAACCGUGUCCUGGAACAUACCAACCGCGCCUCGCACCGCGCCACCCCUCUCAACCAGUCUUACGAGAUCUCACACCACCAGUUGAACGACGCGGACGUUGGCGAUGCCGUGACAAACGCGCUCAACAAUCUUGAGAGUAAUAGCGAAAACCGGCCUCCCCCCACACCGAACUGGGAACGCAUUCCUGCGCAGACUGAGAAAAGCCAUUCUCGAUCGUCGUCCCGUAAUUCGAAUAUUCGGCAUUCCCUCCCCCUGCAAACUACCCUCCCCCGCACCCGCACAAACAGCACACCAGCACCACCAACCCGCGCACCCCCCGCCCCAAACCCCUCCUCUAACCUCCCCCUCCGCCAACCCCCAGCAAGACUAUCCCCCCAACCCCCAAUGGGCAGCCCCAGUCUAGAAAUAAUCUCUCUCCUCAACCGCAUGAGCGGCGACCACUCGCGCUACAUGGACGCCUCCCUCCAACGCGACCAAGGUUCCAUGUCCCCCGAGUCCUCAGACGGGAGUUCCUACGGCGGACACUUUGGUCAUGACCGUGACCACGAAAAGGAGCGUAGUGGAAGUGCAAGUUCGGCUGUGCCCAGACGGCAGAGUAGCUCAAAGUAUAGUAGUGAUGAGUGUUGUGCUGUGUCGUCUGGGAGUAGUGGGAUGGUUUUUGGAUAG